AUGACUGAUGCCCAAAUGCGCAAGGUUGCCAUCAUCCUGGGCGUGGUGUGUGCACUUACUACAGAGCUCUAUCGCAUAACUGCCAACGACCUGAUUUUCGGGGAGUCGGCCGAGUCAACCGUUCAGGCAAGGUACACCGAAGGAGCAGGCCUCUCCCUGUCAGUGGGCGGCACAACACGUGGCGAGGAUCAAGACCUGAUAAGGGAUGCCUUAUGGCAUAAGAGCUGCCACCCCGUGAACAUCUCCAUCAAGCACGAGCUAGCAUACUGUGAGAAUACACCAAAAAUGUUGGUUAAGGCGGGGGCUGGUCCUGUUGCGUCACGACUGCCUACGGUCAAGUCAGAGGAUCAAGACCUGAUAAGGGAUGCCUUAUGGCAUAAGAGCUGCCACCCCGUGAACAUCUCCAUCAAGCACGAGCUAGCAUACUGUGAGAAUACGCCAAAAAUGUUGGUUAAGGCGGGGGCUGGUCCUGCUGCGUCACGACUGCCUGCGGUCGAGUCAGAGGUGAGGGUUGCCAACAGCUACAAGACACUGCUGCAGACCGUGCGCCCGAUGUACGAGGCUUGUGGCGGCAAGACCGACCUUUCUGUCCUUGAGGAUGCUCUGGCUCUCAUCAAGUUGUACCCCUAUUCUGCUGACAACGUGCCUGCUGUCACCAAUGUCCCGAACCUGCGACCUUCGCGUUGUUAG